AUGACCGAUCGGGAGCGCUACUCGGAUGCAUCACGCCUGCACCCCACGUACAGUGACCCGUUCAACGAGACCAAGGACACGGAACGCAUCCGCAUCUCGUUCAGUGCGACGCACUCUGACCAGAUUCCUUGGUCCUUUGUGCCAGAGCAGCCCGAAAUCUAUGUACUUCCGGGCGAAACGGCGCUCACGUUUUUUAAAGCACACAACUACUCGGACAAGGAUAUUAUUGGCAUUGCGACGUACAAUGUCGUCCCGGAUCGAGUACGUGUUGUUGCAGUGCUCUCACCGCAGAUCGCCCCGUACUUUGCCAAGAUUGAAUGCUUCUGCUUUGAGGAGCAAAAGCUGCUUGCGGGCGAAGUGAUUGACUUGCCCGUAUUCUUCUUCCUGGACAAGGACAUGCUCGAGGAUGGAGAAACGCGCGACGUCAAGGAUGUUAUACUAAACUAUACCUUUUUCAGCGCACGGCGAAAUCCUGUGAAUGGGCAACUGGAGUAUGUAUACAGGCAAAGCUGA